AUGGUAUUGUACGUAUAUUGUCUUGACAUCUUCAAUGUGUAUACUUGUCUCUCGUUAGUCUUCAUUGUUUUCCGUUUGUAUAUUCUUUCUUUUUUAUAUUCGUUUUUCCUUUAUCAAAUGCUUAAAAGAGCAUCAACGUCAUUAUUCGCUAAACAUUCUUUUGUGUCUUCAUCAUUGUCUCAAUCAAAUAGAGUUCAUCGAAUAAUAACGUCACGUUCAUUAAUUAUUAAUAAUACUACAAUAAAAAGAAAAAUGUCCACUACCACUGAUACAUCAGCUCCUGCCGCUGUUCCUGCAGAAACUCAACAACCACAGCAUCCAAAACAUGGAUCAUCCAAGAAAAAGUCUAAAUUACAAGUCUCACUAAAGACUCCAAAGGGUACCAAAGAUUGGUCUGAUUCAGACAUGGUCAUCAGAGAAGCUAUCUUCACUACUUUAUCAUCAUUAUUUAAACGUCACGGUGGUGUUACCAUUGAUACCCCAGUUUUCGAAUUACGUGAAAUUCUUGCUGGUAAAUAUGGUGAAGAUUCUAAAUUGAUUUAUAAUUUGGAAGAUCAAGGUGGUGAAUUGACCUCAUUACGUUAUGAUUUGACUGUCCCAUUUGCAAGAUUCGUUGCAAUGAAUAAUAUUCAAAAUAUUAAAAGAUUCCAUAUCGCUAAAGUUUAUAGAAGAGAUCAACCAGCUAUGACUAAAGGUAGAAUGAGAGAAUUUUAUCAAUGUGAUUUCGAUAUUGCUGGUACUUAUGAACAUAUGAUUCCUGAUUCAGAAAUCUUGUCUAUUGUUGUUGAAGGGUUGACUGCAUUAGGGAUUAAUGAUUUUAAGAUUAAAUUGAAUCAUAGAAAGAUUCUUGAUGGGAUUUUCCAAAUUUGCGGUGUUAAAGAUGAAGAUGUAAGAAGAAUAUCUUCUUCUGUUGAUAAAUUAGAUAAGACUCCUUGGGAGGUGGUUAAGAAGGAAAUGACUGAAGAAAAGGGUCAAUCUGAAGAAACUGCCAAUAAGAUUGGUGAAUACGUUAAAUUGAAUGGUUCUUUGAAAGAAAUCCAUUCUAUCUUAUCUUUAGAUGAAAACAUUACUAAUAAUCCAUUGGCCAAAGAUGGUCUAGAUGAAAUUGCAACUUUAAUGGAAUUCACUAAAUCUUUCGGUAUUGAUAGGUACAUUUCUUUCGAUUUAUCUUUAGCCAGAGGAUUGGAUUAUUAUACUGGUUUGAUUUAUGAAGCUGUCACAGCUGCUAGUGCUCCACCAACUAAUGCUCAAGAAUUGAAAAAGAAAGUUAAGUCUGAAGAUGAAGACGCAUCUGCGUACGUUGGUGUCGGUUCCAUUGCUGGUGGUGGUCGUUACGAUAAUUUGGUUAAUAUGUUUGCUGAAGCUUCUGGUAAAAAAUCAACCAAGAUUCCAUGUGUAGGUGUUUCAUUUGGUGUUGAAAGAUUAUUUUCUUUAAUUAAACAAAGAACAGAAGCUGCCGCAGCUAUCAAACCAACUGCCACUCAAGUCUUCGUCAUGGCCUUUGGUGGUGGCAAAGAUUGGACUGGUUAUUUACCUGAAAGAAUGACAAUAACUAAAGAACUAUGGAACAACGGUAUUGAAACCGAAUACGUCUAUAAGACUAAAGCUAACCCAAGAAAACAAUUCGAUGCUGCUGAAAAGGCUGGUUGUCAAUUGGCAGUUAUUCUAGGUAAAGAAGAAUAUGUAGAAGGUAAGUUACGUGUCAAGAGACUUGGUCCUGAAUUUGCUGAUGAUGAUGGUGAAGUCAUUGAUAUUAAGGAUCUCGUUCCUACUGUUCAACAAAAAUUAUCUGAAAUCCAUAAAGACGGUGUUAACGAGGUCGCCCGUUUACUUAGGGGGUUAUAG